UCGCCAAGCGCACGAACGCAGGCGAAGGCAGGAUGGAUGGACCCCACAGGGCACCUGCGUGUUUGGUGGAGCUGGGUUGCGCCGCGGGGACCCCGCCGAGGCCGGCAGCAGCAGGGCGAGGGCAGAGGCAGCCCCCGGCGGCUUCCCACCCACCUCCCCCAGCCGCCAUCCGGGUGCUGCUCAGCCUUUGUCUGCCCGGAGCCCCGUUUCCCUGGAAGCAGUGUUUCGGAGGUAUUUUUGGCACUCUUCCCCCCCGAGGAUCCCCACGCACACGAUGCACGCGCGGCCACGAGCAGCAGCACGGCAGCGCUGCGCACCGGCAGGCUGGGGACGAGCUGCCCGCCCGUCGGGGACUCGGCUUGGCAGGUCCAGGGUCUGGGUGCUGGCAGGGAGCCGGGGCAGGACAAGCAGCCGCCGCCGAGGCCAGUUCGUUCUGGUGGGGGGGCGUUCGUGGGCACAGCCUGGGGGGUCUCUGCAGAGGAGGCAGUGUGCAGCUCUGAGAAAUGAAACCUCUGCUCACUUCUGAUCAGGGGGACCAUUUUCCUGAAAAGCCCUGUGGCUGGACCUGGAUUACUGGAGAGGAAACGUUUCCUUGAGUUUCAUACUUAGGAACUAUACCCUACUCGAGGAGCUUUACACGAGUGCCGUCACACUUUGGCCAUGAGUGGGUACUUGAACGAAUCCAACUUCACGAUGGUGGAGGAGGGUUUCACCACCAGGGACCUCCUGGAGAACCUCCUGGUGGGGCUGUGCCCGUUGAGCGACCAGCAAGCCUUCUUCGUGGCAGACCUCGGGGACAUCGUGAAGAAACACCUGCGCUUCCUGAAGGCCUUGCCCCGCGUGAAGCCCUACUUCCCUGUUAAGUGCAACAGCAGCGGAGGAGUGGUUCGGCUGCUGGCUGAGCUGGGGGCAGGCUUCGCCUGUGCCAACAAGACAGAGAUUGCAGCGGUCCAGAGCAUCGGGGUCCCGGCUGACAAGAUCUUCUACAGCAGCCCCUGCAAGCAGAUUGCCCACAUCAAAUACGCAGCCAGCCACGGCGUGCGGCUGAUGGCCUUUGACAACGAGGUGGAGCUGGGCAAGGUGGCCAGGAGCCACCCUCACGCCAGGAUGCUUUUGGGUAUUGCUGCUGACUCCAGCCCCUCUGCCCAUCCCAGCAUGAUGUUUGGUGCCACGCUCAAGUCCUGCCGGCGCCUGCUAGAGGCAGCGAAGGAGCAGGCUGUGGAGGUUGUUGGCGUCAGCUUUCACCUCGGGAGCUGCAGCCUGGAGCCCCAGGGCUUUGCCCAGGCUGUCGCUGAGGCGCAGCUGGCGUUUGACAUGGGCGCAGAGCUGGGCUAUCGGAUGCACCUCCUGGACAUCGGAGGGGGAUUUCCUGGCACCGAAGACGCCAGAGCUCAGUUCGAGGAGAUCGCUGCUGUGAUAAACUCUGCCUUGGACACGUAUUUCCCGGAGGGCUGCGGGGUGGAGAUCGUUGCGAGACCCGGGCGAUACUAUGUCACCUCGGCCUUCACUCUCGCAGCCAGCAUCACCGCCAAGGAAGAGGUUCCCGAGGAGCAGCCGGGCUCUGAUGGGGAAGAGUCUGGCAGCAAGAAGAGCCUCAUCUACCACCUCAGCGACGGCAUCUAUGGAGCCUUCAGCUGUGUCCUGUUUGACAGCCCCUGCCCGAAGCCUCUGCUGCACAAGAAGCCUUGCCCAGACCACCUCUUAUGCAGCAGCCUCCGGGGUCCACCGGGGCACUCAGAGGACCGGAUUGCCGAAGGCAUGGAGCUGCCCGAUCUGCAGGACGGCGACUGGCUGAUUUUCCAGGACAUGGGUGCAUACACCAUCGCCGCGUCGCCCCUGCUGGGUGGGUGCUCCCAGCCACAGGUCACCUACGCCAUGUCGCGCCUGGCCUGGAAGGCCGUCCAGCUCUUCCAGGGGAAGCCGCUGCCGGCAGAAGACGACCACGAGAGCGCCUGCACCCCCUUGUCGUGCGGCUGGGAGAUGGUGGAGUCACUCUGCGUCCCCCCGGUCUUUGCUCCGGCCGGCAUCAUCUGAGCAGCACGGGGAUGGGGAAGGUGCUGUGCCGGCACCCCUGCGCCCGCACCCCGUCCUGGGACCCACGGGCAGCCCUCAGCGCCCCGCGUGGAUCCUGCUCCUCCUGCUCGUGUGGUGCUGUGUGCCUGCUGCAGGGGCUGGGCGGGCGGGCCGACGGGUUUGGGUUCUUUUUUAAAGAGUUAUGGAAAUAAAUGGUUGUUGAGCGUG